GGUUUCAGAGGGGAAGUGAGGGUGACCAAGUUUGACAUUGUGGUGCACCGGCAAGGGGAACAGGACCAGGGAAUGGUCAUCGGGUUGAAUCUCUCGGCGCAGUUUUAGGGAAGCUUUAGCUCUACUGGAGUAUUCUUUCCUUCUCGUGAGUACCCACAACACAGAGGGGUUUGCAGCCUCUCAGCUUUAUAAUGCUGCACCUGUAAGAGCUCAGAGGCUUUGGGGAGAAAUGGGAAUAAUCAUCCCGACAUUCUGAUGGUGCUUUACGCUUUACAAGCUUUUUCACGACAUAUUAUCCCCACUGUAUGGGUGAAAAGUUGACUACCCCAAGGGCAGUCAUAAUAACUACAAUUGUAUCUAUGUCAGAAGACCUCGAGACAAACUCCUAAGGCAGGCUAUCCCAACUACCAUUCAUUGGCCCGGUAAGCAUCAGAUACCCUGUUAGUGCUUGACAUAAAAUGUUACCGAAAUAUCACAACAACCCAAUGAGAGAAAUGUGAUAAAUCCCACUGUACUGAUGAGAGGACAGAAAGAUUGUAUAACUUUACCCCCAAGACACAGGAAGUGGGGGAGCUAAGAUGGGGAAGCAGAUCCCUUGAAUCCAGUGCCCAUGCUUCUUAACCACAGUGCUCUCCCACUUGUUACUAUUUUCGUAUUAAUUUCAGAUGAGGAAACUAGUUUGACUCAGAGGUCAAGAGAAUUGUUUGAAGUCCCAGCUAGUGAAGCGGCAGAGCCGGGACUGCAACCCAGGUCUCUCACCCCAGCUACUGUAUGGUGCCCUGGGGAUCACAGGCUGAUUCAGUGGAAUGAGCCACUGGGCGGGAGAGCAAAUGUGGGGGCCCCAUCCGCACUGAUGUAAAAGAGACAGGGGCUUGAGGACAGACCCUAUUAUCUUCUAUUUCUUACCCCUCCCCCUGAAAGAUGUUUGGCCUACCCCCAAAGCCUUAGUGAGUCAGGGCCUGGAGUGAUGGGUGUGGUGCUGCCCUGAGUUUCCUUCCUUUGCCUGAGGCGGUGCCAAAGAAGCGGGCUGUCAGAAGCAGAGAAGGAGCCUCUACCCAGAUAGCAGCCCAGAGUCCAGUGACUAAGUGGGGCUUGGGGGUUGUAGUGGAAAGUCCUGGGGUGUUGCCCUAGCUCUUGGUGCCCGCAGGUGGAGGGCCAACACUUGGAUGAGGAAGGGGUCCAAAAAGGAGGUCAUGAAUGGGAAAGAAUCUGGAGGGCAGCAGGAGGGUUUGUUGUAUUGUUGGUGAGGUGUAAGACCCCGGAGAAAAUCCACUUUGGUAAGUUUCCAUUUCCACCUCCAGGAUGUGAGGAAAUAAGAUCAGCGUUGAGAAAGUGUGAUGACUAAUGAUACCUUAAACUUGCAUAGCACACUUUACAGUUUUUGAAACACUUUCACAAACCUCAGCUCAUUUAAUCCUCAGAACAGUCGAGAGGCGACAAGGUGGUUGCUACUAAUUGUCUAUCCCAAGUUUCCAGGCUGGGAAAACUGUCGCUCGGAAUGUAGGCGACACGCGUAGGUUACCCCUUUGGAAGCCUAGGGAUGUGCCCUUAGAAGGAGGACAGCUCUCAAACGCCAGCCUUGAACGCUCUUCUUGCAGAAGGGGAGGCGCUGACUCGGGGCAGCAGCUAGGGGGCGCUGAGGGUCCGCUGAGACUUCCUGGCGUUAGGACCCAGCGGAAGCCUGACCGCCGACUGGGGAAGAGAUUGGGAUUAACCCGGCCGGCCGCACCUCCUUCCAGCUCACCUGUCUGUCUUCACACAGCGCAGCCAAUUGGUGACCUCCACAUCCUUAUACGUCAUCAUUCCACGCCCGCGUAGCUCCUAGGCCAUCCCGUCGAGCUCCGGGUCGCAGUUGUCCUCGGAGUUGCCUGAUCGGAAGACUCCAGGGCACAGCAUUAAUGUCAGGAACAAGAGGAAAGUAUGGGGAGGGAGCCAAGCAGGAGACGUUCACCUUUGCCUUAACUUUGGUCUUCAUUCAAUGUGUGAUCAAUGCUGUGUUUGCCAAGAUCUUGAUCCAGUUUUUUGACACUGCCAGGGUGGAUCGUACCCGGAGCUGGCUCUAUGCUGCCUGUUCUGUCUCCUAUCUGGGUGCCAUGGUCUCCAGCAACUCGGCACUACAGUUUGUCAACUAUCCGACUCAGGUCCUUGGUAAAUCCUGCAAGCCAAUCCCAGUCAUGCUCCUUGGAGUUACCCUCUUGAAGAAGAAGUACCCAAAGGCCAAGUACCUGUGUGUGUUGCUAAUUGUGGCUGGAGUGGCCCUUUUCAUGUACAAACCCAAGAAAGUAGUUGGGAUGGAAGAACACACAGUUGGCUACGGAGAACUGCUUCUGUUAUUGUCUCUGACCCUGGAUGGACUGACGGGCGUUUCCCAGGACCACAUGCGGGCUCAUUACCAAACAGGCUCCAACCACAUGAUGUUGAAUAUCAACCUUUGGUCGACAUUGCUGCUGGGAGCUGGAAUCCUGUUUACUGGGGAGCUCUGGGCGUUCUUGAGCUUUGCCGAAAGGCACCCUGCCGUCAUCUAUAACAUCCUGCUCUUUGGCCUGACCAGUGCCCUGGGUCAGAGCUUCAUCUUCAUGACAGUUGUGUAUUUUGGCCCCCUGACCUGCUCCAUCAUCACCACGACUCGAAAGUUCUUCACCAUUUUGGCCUCUGUGAUCCUCUUCGCCAACCCUAUCAGCCACCUGCAGUGGGUGGGCACCGUACUUGUGUUCUUGGGUCUCGGUCUCGAUGCCAAGUUUGGGAAAGGAGCCAAGAAGACAUCCCACUAGGAAGAGAGAGACUACCUCCACUUCAAGAAUAUUUAAGUUAUUAUCUCAAAUAUGGACAUCUCUUGAGCAAAUGGACACAAUAGGGAUAAAGGACUGGGUUCCAGUCUGUUUUUGGUUUUUGUGUUUUUUGGUUUUUUUUGUUUUGUUUUUUAAGAAAAGGAAGCAAAAUCACAUGUUCUAAAAAAAAGCACUUCGAUUUUAACAAGACAGAGUUGGCAGUUUCUGUUCUGGAUGACCUGGAGCACAGCCUAAUGCAAAGAGAGAAGGGGGAGGGAAGAGGCAGAGCUUGAUGCUCUUGGCCCAAGCUCCCUCUAAGGUGUAGGAAACCCGGUUGGGUGGCUAAUUCCCCCAAGAGCCCAAGCAUUGUAGGGAGGAACUUGAAUAGAUGUGCAUUUGGGCUUGUGGCCUCUGUUCCCACAGGUGAGGGUCUAAAUCUGCCAGGACAGGUGGCUGGCUGUUAGAGCCAGAGAAUGUCAAAAUCACUUUAUCACUUCAAGUUCUGGUGGGCAAAUAUUUCUUUAAAAACUCCAGAUACAGUCUUUCCUCAAGAAACCUCCUUUGAGGUGGGGGGGGGGGAUGAGCCCAGAGCCUCAGAGUCUGCUGUGUUUUCACAUUUCCCCACGGCCUCCUCUUCAGCCGGAGCUCAAGCAAGCCCGGAGUGGAGACCCAGUGUAUGUAUCAUGAACAGCUUGGGAAGGCCGACUCCCUCCCUCCGUCUCUGAAUCUGUUCUCGGUCCACCUGGUCCCCUCCCGGGGAGGCUGGAUGAAUCCUAUUCCCGUGCCCUUCGGUUGCUAAAGCAUUGCAGUCCUCCGCCGUUGUGGCUGUGCCAAGGUGUCCCCAUGCCAACUUCUGCCUGUUGAAAGGGAUGCUGGCGGAAGGCACGGUGGCUGGGUGCUGGCACAGAGCCUCCGUCAAGUUUCCUGGGUGGCAAUGGGGGGAGAAGGCGGAGCAUGGAGCGGAGCCACCUGCCCACGGCCGCCUUCAGAGCUGGAAAUUGCAGUCCUCCACGGACCAAACUUUACACAUGAAAGUGCAUUUCCACCAGCUGCAACUUUCACUCCAUCUGUUCAGCAGCCCGAGCCCCUUGGCUCUCCAGCUGGGAGCCCAGCCUCCUUCCUGAGCGGCUGCCUCGCCACCCCUCCCCAGCCUUUCAAGCCAGCCUCACUUGCACUCGUGUUGCUCCCUAGGGGCCCUGGUGUGGCUGUAGCUCUGCCCCCAAACGCCCCCUCUCAUUCUGAACUCCUUGAGAGAAGAGGUUUUAAGUACAUCUGGCUGAAUUUCCUUCCUUCUCCACCCCUCUCCCCUGUUUUUUUUUUUUUUUUUCAUCCCAAAGUUUGCCUCAAUUAGCCCCUUCCCUUCUGGAUUGACAGUUCUUCCAAACUGUCUUCUGUGGAUUGGAUAGGUGGUCAGAGCGUGUGACCAGUGCCAGGGGCCUACAGGCCUGUUCUCCUGACCAUCAGACCGGUCCCCUCCACCUCCAGCCCCUGCCCUUCUCAACUGGCUGUCUCAGAGAUGCCCAAUGCUAGGCACCAAGAGCAAGACAGAAUCUUCAACAGCCCAGCGUGGCUCUCACCUGCUACUAGAGCAAGUACGUCCUGCCUACUGUGUGCCAAGAGCCCGCUGCUGGUAUGUCUAUUCAGCCCCCCUGUCUGCCCGUCUAACACAUCACUCCUGUGUGCCACAUCCUGUGAACUUGCUGGGAGUUCAAAGCUGAGUAGGACCAGUACUUACCCUCCGCGGGGGAUUCACAGUCUAAUAGGGAGACAGGUAAACAAAUCAUUGCAUCUCAGACGCGCAGCGCCAACAACCAAGUGUCUGGGCAAGGCGAGGCUUGAGCUGGAGCAUGUGGGAAGAUGAAAGGUGGAGGAAGUGGAGCCAAGUGGGAAAUGGGGUUUUCAACUGCCCACCUACACCACCCCCCCGCCAUACUCCUGCCUUCAGUCGGGUCAAGUGGCAGCAGUGGCUCUCCCCUGAGGCAGUCGUUCAGCUCAAAGGGGAGACAGGUGGAGAUGCGGCAUGAGCUGCCGCUGUGCCUCGUGGCACGCUUACCUCCCGGGUCGGGGGAACCCGAGUGUGCCAAGUUUGACGGAAGUCAGCAAUGUCAGGGCAUAAGGGCUGAUAAAUGUGAAAUACCAGGCAAGUUCCAACAAAAGGAGUGUUGAUCCCUAACCCUGGGCGGCCUCAUACCUCAGGUUUCUCAAGAUCAAAGGACUUUUCAUCUGUAGUUAAUUCUCAGCUAUGUGUAGAAGGGAGGGAGCCAGCACACAAGUUUCCCCGAACACUAUGUUUUCAGUUGGGGGUGUACUGUACUUAAUGCCUAUUUUGGUCAAACCAUCAGGUUGACCUCCUCCGCUGUUGGUGCUCAGGCUCAUGGAAAAGCAGUUUGUCCAUCUCCUGGACACAACAUGGCCUCGUGCAAGGGCAGUGACCCACCAAUGUGAUUUGGGGUAAAAACAUGGGGAAAGCUAUUCCGGAAUUUAAAAGAAAGAAAGUCUACAUCGUUUUUUGAAGGGCAGUAAUUAAACAUUCCCUGUGGACCAUCUCUCAGGCGAGGCAUUUAGGAACGGAUGAUGUGUUUUCCCACAGUCCUGUGACACCCUUGCAGAAGAGGACCGAGCAAGCUCCUGUCCCUUACAGAAAUGGAAAAACAAGUUAGGGAAGGCUGGGGGACCUGUGGUAGGUCCUUGGGUAUGUGCCUACGAGAUUAAUUAGAACUCAAGUUUCCCCGAGUCCUAGUCACGUCUUGGCCCUGUGCCCUCAGAGGGGGAGAAGCAAAGCUCCUCAGGAGACCCAUUGCCUGUGCUGUCUGGUCCCACUUCUCAGUGGAACAGUUUGCACAUUUUAUGAGUGCUGGUCACUUUCUCCAGAUGCCAUGGCAGAGAAAUUAUCCUGGGUCUCUGUGGGAUCAUUCGACCCUUCUCACUGAAAACACACCAGCUGUCUUCAGGAACCACAAUCUCAUGUUUAUGGAAUUCCUUUCCCAAAGCUCUUUAGUUUCUGAAAAUUUGUCCUUCCAACACUCCUGGGGAGAGGUUAGGCCAGGACAUACACACACACACACACACACACACACACACACACACACACACACACGCCUGAAACCCCCCAGAGUGCAUCAGCUGGAAGUCCCAUGCCUGUGGGAAGGCAGGGCCUGGAAGUGAGUCUCCACUUCCCACGUGUCAGAGGUCAGGGAGCUAAGCCACUGGUUCCCAACCAUUUGGAUUUCCUGGUCCAGUAGAAUUUCCAAAUAAUUUGGAGGGCUGGCUUGCUUUCUUUCUUCUUUUUUUUUUUUAAAGUAAGGACGUUAAAAAAAAAA